CGCCCCCGCCGGGCGUGUGUGUCGAGUGCGUCUGGGGCCCGCGCGGCUUGCGCGCCCUCAGCCUUUGCGCCUCCGGCACCCGAAACCCGGCUGCCGCCCCUGCGCCCCUCGUCCCGGGGGGCGUCGCGGGCCAACAUGGGCCAGGAAGAGGAGCUGCUGAGGAUCGCCAAGAAGCUGGAGAAGAUGGUGGCCCGGAAGAACACGGAAGGGGCCCUCGACCUUCUGAAGAAGCUGGACAGCUGGCAGAUGUCCAUCCAGCUACUCCAGACCACCAGGAUUGGAGUUGCCGUGAAUGGGGUCCGCAAACACUGCUCUGACAAGGAGGUGGUGUCCUUGGCCAAAGUCCUCAUCAGAAACUGGAAGCAGCUGCUGGCACCCCCCAAAGGAGAAAAAGGAGAGGAAAGAGUAAAAGCAAAGAAGAAGGAAAAAGGGCUUGACUGUUCAGAUUGGAAGCCAGAGACAAGCCUUUCUCCGCCAAGGAAAAAACGAGGGGAAGAGCCCAAAGACAGGAGAGACUCUGUGGACUCCAAGUCUUCGGCCACCUCCUCUCCAAAAAGACCAUCGAUGGAAAGAUCAAACAGCGGCAAAUCGAAAGCAGAGACUCCCAGAACACCCAGCAGCCCCUCGAGCCCUACCUUUGCCCCCUCUGUCUGCCUCCUGGCGCCCUGCUAUCUCACGGGGGACUCUGUCCGGGACAAGUGUGUGGAGAUGCUCUCCGUGGCCCUGAAGGCGGACGACGAUUACAAGGACUAUGGGGUCAACUGUGACAAGAUGGCAUCAGAAAUCGAAGACCAUAUCUACCAGGAGCUCAAGAGCACAGAUAUGAAGUACCGGAACCGCGUGCGCAGCCGAAUCAGCAACCUCAAGGACCCCAGGAACCCCGGGCUGAGGCGGAACGUGCUCAGCGGGGCCAUCUCCUCUGGGCUCAUUGCCAAGAUGACGGCAGAGAGCCUCUAUCUUGGAAAGACCUUUGUACACCCUCAGGAAAUGGCCAGUGACGAGCUGAGGGAGCUGAGGAAUGCCAUGACCCAAGAGGCCAUCCGUGAGCACCAGAUGGCCAAGACAGGCGGCACCACCACCGACCUCUUCCAGUGCAGCAAAUGCAAGAAGAAAAACUGCACCUAUAACCAGGUGCAGACGCGCAGUGCCGAUGAGCCCAUGACUACCUUUGUCUUAUGCAAUGAAUGUGGCAAUCGCUGGAAGUUCUGCUGAUAGAACCACCAGCCAGGAUUUCAGUGAACAAGGUGAGGAAGAACAAAGACACAGCACUAAGCCAUCGUAACUGGAGAAAAAUAAAAAUUAAAAUGAAGAAAAGUACUUAACUCUGAAUGGG